AUGGGUGCAAAACCGAAUCAGUCUGCUGUGAUGCCUGUGCGAGAGUGUGAGGUUAAGUUAGAACCGCUUGCAAUUCCAACGUUCGAUGGAACUAUGCAGAAUUGGCUGGCGUUUAAGGACGUUUUUGAAUUGCUUGUCCACAAUACAGACUAUCCUGAGGCCUACAAGUUAGGCAAGUUGCGGCAGGCAGUAAGCGCAAGUGCUGUACCGCUCGUCGGGAGUGUAUAUUCUGGGGGAUACGCUGAUUUAUGGAAGGCGCUUAAAGAACGUUUUGACAAUAGAAGGCAGCUGGCUGAGACUCAUGUGUCACGCUUACUCAAUAUCAAGCCGACAACUGAGGACACAUCAACUGCGUUACUGUUCAUCGUCGACACAGUACAUGAAUCACUACGAGCUUUACAUGUCAUGGGUCUACCAGUGGCCGAAUGGGAUGCUGUGGUCGUACCGAUAAUAGUUUCGAAACUUCCGAUAACUACACAGCGCGAGUGGAACAUGAGCUGUUCACCCACCGAAAUUCCGAGCCUCGAUGAGCUGCUUACGUUUUUGGGUCAGCGGGCUCAUAGCCUCAGCACAACAGUUGUCACAUGGGGCAAUGGGGUUGAAUUUACGUCCAAGAGUCAUCAACGCGCUGGUGGUCCGUCAAGAGCUGUUAGAUCACACGUCGUAUCUGCAGAUGAGGGUAAAUGCACAUACUGCCAAGGUGCACAUCGUAUUAUGAAAUGCGCACGCUUUCUUGUGAUGAAAUACGAAGACAGAAUUACUGCUGCAAAGACUGCAAAGCUUUGUUUUAACUGCCUAAAGCAAGGUCAUUCAGCAAGACAAUGUCCAUCGGGGAAUUGCCGUCACUGUGGUCGUAAGCACAACUCAUUACUUUGCCGCGAAUCAUUAUCUCAGAAUCCAUCAGAGAGCAAAUGCGAAGUUUCGGUGGAAGGAAUCGGAGCUUACUCCUACGCACGUACACGUGGGCGUGUCACACUCACGUUAAAAUCGCUCUAUUCCAAUUUCAGUUUGGAAAUCGUUGCACUUGUCAUGCAGUCAAUUACUAAGGUCAUCCCAACAGUGCAUAUUGACAUGACACGGUGGCAGCAUUUGAAUGGUCUAGAAUUGGCCGAUACGCAGUUCGGCAUUCCUAGCAAUAUCGACAUUCUUAUUGGUGCGGAUGUAUGGGGAAAAGCAGUCGAAGGGGACAUAAGACUCGGUGGCCUCAAUGAGCCACACGCCCAGCGAACCCGCUUCGGCUGGGUUGUCUUCGGUCCAGUGCCAGCAGCGCAGCCAGCAACGCCGCCAACUCUUUCCUUCAGCACCCAGCAAGGCGAAGAGGACGCACGCUUGGAGGAGCUCGUAAGAAGCUUUUGGAAGUUAGAGGAAGUGCCUUCACAAGAUUGUAACGGCGAAGAUGAAUGUGAGAAAAUCUUUUUGACCACACACUCCCGCACAAGGGAAGGGCGCUACAUGGUUCAUAUACCAUUUCAUCCUGACGCACCGGCUUUGGGCAACUCAUACGCCCAUGCUUUACGACAAUUUCAUCUUCUUGAACGACGACUAGCAGCGAAUUGUGAGCUCAAGAAAAAAUACAUUGCCUUCAUGCGCGAAUACGCGGACCUCGGCCAUAUGGAACCCGUUAGUCACAUUGGAGAUGGGGGGGUCAACUACUACAUCCCUCACCACGCGGUUCUGGAAAAGUUCCGCGUUGUGUUCAAUGCUUCAGCGCGGACCACGAGCGGCCUCUCACUGAACGACGUCCAGUUGGUGGGAGCCACGAUUCAAGAACCAUUUGUGAAUAUCAUCUUUCGUUUUCGGUGUUUUCGCGUAGCAUUAACAGCAGACAUCGAGAAAAUGUUCCGUAAAAUUCUGAUAACUCCCGAACAUAGGGAUUUCCAACGCAUUAUUUGGAGAGAAUCACCAGACAAUGACCUAGCAGUAUACCGUUUAACUACAGUGACGUAUGGGAUGGCUUGUAGCCCGUACAAUGCAGUUCGCGCACUCAAUCAAUGCAGUUAUGAUAACUACAACGUAGUCGCAGAUGGCCAUCAGUCGAUUGUUGCGCGAGAUGCGAUUCUGUCAUCAUUUUAUGUAGAUGAUUUUCUCAUCAGUUGUGACACUGAGGAUAAAGCAUUCGAACUCGCUGUCAAUGUGAGUGCGAUUUUGUCGGCCGGACAGUUCCUUUUACGAAAAUGGCAUUCUAAUAGUGGUGAGGUUGUAAGGCGUUUAAUUAGUAACAAUUCUUCAAUCGUAGAGUUAGCAAGUGAACCAUCGACGGCAACUGUGCUUGGUUUAAGCUGGGACCCAACAACAGAUGAGAUCUUUUUCAAAGCGAAUCUAAACCAGAACAUCGGAUGCCUCACAAAACGUCGGGUUUUAAGUGAGGUCGCCAAACUAUUUCAUCCUACUGGCAUGCUUGCUCCAAUUGUUAUUGCCGGGAAGAUAUUUAUUCAGAAGUUGUGGUCUGCUGGCUUAGAAUGGGAUGCACCACUCCCAGAUGCACUUCAAAAUACGUGGGUCUUAUUUUACAGAGAACUUGACGUUAUAAACCGUAUCCGUGUACCACGAUGGUUAGGUUUGGCUGAGGGUAAGACUACUAUGCUACUUGGGCUUUGUGAUGCAAGUCCACUUGCCUAUGGGGCUGUCCUCUAUACUAGGACAACAGACGGUGAAGGUCGGUCAACUGUAUCAUUGCUAACAGCUCGCACCAAAGUGGCGCCACUCAAGGGUGCAACGAUUCCUCGCCUAGAACUUUGUGCGGCACAUUUACUCGCAUCCACACUUGACAGUGUGCGGACUGCUUUACGUCUAACGGACACUUCUUAUCAUUUAUGGUCCGACUCGCGAAUCGUGUUAUGUUGGUUACGUAAACCUCCAACUACUCUCAAGCCGUACAUUUCCAAUCGUGUUCGUCACAUUCAAGAGCUGACAUCACCAGAUCGUUGGCAUUAUGUACGGUCUGCACAAAAUCCGGCAGACUGUGCCAGUAGAGGUAUCCGAGCAUCAGAACUGGUUGAACAUCAGUUGUGGUGGCAAGGGCCAAAAUGGCUUAUGGACAAACAGCUACCAAUUUCCUUUGGGAUCGAAUUAAAAGAUGACGAGCUUGACAUUGUACGUGGUGAACAGAGAGUGUCAUCAUUUGUAGCAACGACGGCCCACGCGAGCAUUCUUACAAUUCGACGCCUAGACGGCCAAAUAAUUCCAUUAAGCGAACGCUUUAGUUCAUUGCAAAAGCUUCUUCGUACCGUGGCAAUCGUACUUCGGUGGCUACCAGUUCGCCGACAUUUGCGAAGACUGAUCGUCAAUCCUACAGAAAUGGACGAUGCUCUUAACGUGCUAAUCCGAAACGAGCAAUAUACCUUUGCGACUGAUAUGUCUCUGAUUCGGAAGGGAUCGGAAAUAUCCAGCUCCAGCAAACUAAGGUCAUUGAACCCUUACAUAGAUUGUAACGACAUAUUGCGAGUCAGAGGUCGUAUUGGUCACGCUGACCUUCCAGAAGAUCGACGUUUUCUGAUAAUUUUACCGAAGCAUGGGAGUUUGAUGGCAUCCUUACCCAGGCAUCGCAUUACGGCAGCACGGCCAUUUAUAUCUUCAGGCGUCGACUAUUGCGGGCCUUUUACGGUGCGCAUCGGCACAAAAAGAUCGCGCACAACGAUCAAAACAUAUCUAGCUGUUUUCGUUUGCAUGGCGACCAAGGCCGUGCAUAUUGAAGUUGUUGAUGAUCUUUCAUCACCCGCAUUCUUAGAUGCAUUUACGCGAUUUAUAAGUAGACGAGGUCCAUGUCGAGAUCUCUAUAGUGACAACGGUACUACGUUCACAGGUGCUAACCGUUUGCUUAAAGAAGACUUGGCUGCUUGGCAGAACGACAACAACCAACAAAGUUUGGCGAAUCUCGGUACUCAUUGGCACUUCAUCGCUCCCAGCGCUCCUCAUCAAGGUGGUCUCUGGGAGGCUGCGGUAAAAUCUGCCAAAUAUCAUUUGGUGCGCCUCGUUGGAGCGCAGUCAUUAUGGUAUAGCCAACUUCAGACUUUGGCGACACGCAUUGAAGCAUGCCUAAAUUCUCGUCCGCUAACACCUAUAUACGAUGAUCCCGAUGAUAAGUUAGCGUUGACCCCUGCCGACUUUCUGGUUGGCGCUCCACUGGUUGCAGUCCCUGAAGCUGACAUCAGAACAAUUCCGUCCAACCGUAUUAAGCACUGGCUCUGGCUGCGUCAGAUACAUCAACAAUUUUGGCAACGAUGGAGCGAGGAAUAUUUAUCUACUCUUCAAACUCGAAACAAGUGGCAGACGAAAUCAAGGGACGCAAAGAUCGGAGACAUAGUCAUCGUAAGACAUGAGAAUUUACCACCAACAUAUUGGCGCUUAGGGCGCGUAACUGCGGUUCAUCCGGGCAGCAAUGGUUUAAUACGUAAUGUCACGCUUCAGACGGCGAACGGUAUGAUGACUCGUGCGGUACAGAAAUUGUGCCGGCUUCUGGACGCAGAGCAUUUUGAGGCCAGCGCCUCAACCGGGCAGGAUGUUCAGACUUCGUCCAAUCUGGCACCACCUUAA